ACCUUGUGCUGCUCAAACUCUUUGACAAUGCAGACGAGCCUGAUCUCCGUCUCGAAGACUACUUGCCUAACUCGACGUCUGGAGCAGUCCUCAUAACAACGAGGAAUCGAGACUGUAUCGAAUAUGCUCCCGAUAGUGAGAUACAGGUCGGAGAAAUGUCAGAGACCGAAGCCGUCGACCUUCUCCACAGGGUUGCGAAAGUUCAUCCGCCAUCAAAGGGUACGUCUGUCGCAAUCGUGAGGGAGCUUGGAAUGUUGGCUCUUGCAGUCACUCAAGCAGGCGCAUAUAUCUUCAAGACUCGCCAGCUCAAUAGAUACCUAGAUAUCUUUCGAAAGCAUCGAGCAGAGCUUUUGCGAGAAGCAUCGCUUAGGAGAAGAAACUACGAAAGAUCAACAUAUACUGCGUUCGACCUAUCGUUUAGAUUACUUCCUGAGAAGUCCCAAGAGUUUAUGAAGAUUUGCUCAUUUCUUCAUCAUUAUCGCAUCCCACGAGCUCUCUUCGAAAAAUCGAUCACUAAUGGAUUUCGUCCUGAGUUUGAUAUAGAAGGGUAUCCGCCUAUGGCAGAAAUGGAGACCCUAAUAUCCAGUCUUAAGGAUACGUUUGGAUCGGGAUGGGACGAUCAUGUAUUCAACAA